AUGGCCCAUGGAUCAAUGACAUUUGGGGAUGUGGCCAUAGACUUCUCACAGCAGGAGUGGGAAUGUCUCAACCCUAUUCAGAAAACCUUGUACCAGGAUGUGAUGAUGGAGAACUAUGGUAACUUGGUCUCACUGGGACAUGCCAUUUCUAAGCCAGAUGUAAUCACAUUAUUGGAGGAGGGAAAAGAGCCCUGGAUGAUUGCGAGGGAAGAAACAAGAACAUGGUGUACAGAUCUGGAGACAAGGUAUGAAAUAAUCAGCUAUGGAAAAGAGCAAAUUUAUACAAAAUGUUCAUCUCUACAUCAGAGAAUUCAUAAUAGAGAGAAACCCUAUGAAUGUGACAAAUGUGGGAAUGCCUUUAGUCGUCAUACAGACCUUACAGUUCAUCAGAGAAUUCAUACUGGUGAGAAGCCCUAUGAAUGUAAGCAAUGUGGAAAGGCCUUUAAUCGUGUAUCUAACCUUCUGCAACAUCAGAGAAUUCAUACCGGUGAAAAACCCUAUAAAUGUGAGGAAUGUGGAAUGACCUUUAGUCGUAGUAUAGACCUUAGAGUUCAUCAGAGAGUUCAUACUGGUGAGAAACCCUAUGAAUGUGAAGAGUGUGGGAAGGCCUUUAGUCGUACCUCACACCUCGCUCAACAUGGAAAGGUUCAUACUGGUGAGAAAUCUUAUGUGUGUCAUGAAUGUGGGAAGGCUUUUAGUCAAGGUGGAAGACUUAGAAUACAUCAGAGAAUUCAUACCGGUGAAAAACCCUAUGAAUGUAAGGAAUGUGGAAAAGCCUUUAGUCAAGCUUCUCACCUUGUGGUGCAUCACAGAAUUCAUACUGGUGAGAAACCCUAUAAAUGUAAAGAAUGUGGGAAGGCCUUUAGUCGAGCCUCAAAUCUUGGGCAACAUGAGAGGAUUCAUACCGGAGAGAAGCCCUAUGAAUGUAAAGAGUGUGGGAUGACCUUUAGUCGUGUCUCACUUAUUCAACAUGAGAGAAUUCAUACUGGUGAAAAACCAUAUAAAUGUAAACAGUGUGGGAAGGCCUUUAUGUAUGGUGGAAGCUUUAAGAUGCACCAGAGAAUACAUACUGGUGAGAAACCCUAUGAAUGUAAAGAAUGUGGGAAGGCCUUUAAUCGUGCCUCAAACCUUGUUAGGCAUGAGAGAAUUCAUACUGGUGAGAAACCCUAUGAAUGUAAGGAAUGUUGGAAGUCCUUUAGUCAUGUUGAAAGUCUUAGAAUGCAUCAUAGAAUUCAUACUGGUGAGAAACCUUAUAAAUGUAAAGAUUGUGGGAAGGCUUUUAGAAGUGGCCAUCAACUUACUAUACAUCAUAGAUUUCAUACUGGUGAGAAACCUUAUGAAUGUAAGGAAUGUGGGAAGGCCUUUAGUGUGUAUGGACGACUCACUCGACAUCAGAGUAUUCACAAUGAUGAGAGACCUUUUAAAUGUAAGAAUUGUGAGAAGUCCUUUAGGCUUAGCUCAAGUCUUAAAGUACAUCAGAGAAUUCAUAAUGGAGAGAAAUCUUAUGAAUAUGAGGGCUGUGGAAAAGCAUAUGUACGUAGUAGACAAUGUACAGUACCUCAGAGUAUUUAUAACACUGAGGGAGCCUUUGAAAGAAAAGAAUGUGGGAAUGCUUUUAGAUAUGGUCAGCUCUUACAGAGCAUUAAAUAA